AUGCCGCUGCUAGCAUCCCUCAAGAAGAACUUGUCUGGUGGAUCUUUCAUCACAUCGAUGGUUAAGCCGUCAGUGGGAGAUCAGCCGCCCUCUGACGAGGAAGGACACCCUUCGUCGCAAACGAGUACUAGUUGUGCAUCUGCUUCUCAUCCGUCCCUCUCCUCUGGUGACAUGUCGGGGCCACGAGUUGCCGAUCUUGGCCAGGGAGCUUGGUGGAUAUGUUCUUCAGACAUCCAUGAAGCAGCUACGAGCUCCGCAAAUGUGGAAUGGUUACACGACCGUAUGCGAGGCUCGAGUGUAGACACAGAGGCGCUGGCGGAAGUGCUUGCCCAGUGUGUGCAGGCGGACGAUGCCAGUGCCUCCAAAAGCAACGUGACGGCCUUUUUUCCAGAGGAGAUGCCAAGAUUGGGCAAGCUUAAGUGGGAUGGUGACGGGCACUAUGUGUUAGAUCAAUUCCCGGGGGAGCACCCUCCAACCUUGGGUCAGAUCAUUACCUACCUGAAGAUGGUGGACGCUGAGUUGAAGGCGUCCAGGACAGUGGUCCACGUCACGUCCCACCGGAGGCUGCAGUGGUACCUGUUUCCGUCAGCACGUCAGGAGCAAGGCUUUGUGUGCGUGCUUCCAGCAGCAGCCAGUACAGAACCACACCACUGGGGCCCCUUGUAA